AUGUCCUAUGAUGAGCUGAAAGAGCUGAAGACCCACUUUGCCAUCAACCUCUAUCGGCACGUAUCUGAAGCAGAGAACAGAACCAACCUGGUACUCUCACCAGCAAGUGUGGCUGUUUCUUUGGAGAUUCUGCAGUUUGGAGCUCAAGGAAAUACCUUUACAGAGCUACAGGAUGCCCUAGGAUACAACGUUCAUGAUCAGAGUGUGCAGGAUUUCUUGCAAGCAGCGUACGAAGGAGAGACUGAUUCCAGCCAGGGCACGGUGGUCCAGCUGACAUGUUCCCUCUUCGUGGACGCCAGCGUGGAGCUCUCACCCAGUUUCACUGCCCGUGCUGCACGCUGGGCAAACAGCAGCCUGCAGCAAACCAACUUCACUGACCCAAACAGAACCGCUGCCCAAAUACAGGGCUGGAUCACUGGUCAGCUCGGAGAUGGGGAUGUGCAUGACAUGCCGUUGGAGAGCGCUGUGUCACCGCUCAGCCAGGUCGCCCUGGUGAGCACAAUGUACUUCAAAAGCAUGUGGCAAAAGAAGCUUUCCUUUAUGGAUACCCAGAUGUUGCCUUUUACCACGGCAGAAGGCUCAACCCUGAAAGUGCCCACAAUGCAUCACACAGCCGAAGUUAACUACGGCCAAUUCCAGACUGCAGCUCUGGAGGCUUUCACUGUGGUUGAGUUACCUUACUUGGAGGAGAAGCUCAGCAUGUUCCUAGUGCUUCCCAGCCACAGAAGAACACCUUUGUCCCAGAUUGAGCUUCACCUUUCUGCUAAAACCAUAACCCUCUGGGCCAACAGCUUAAAAAGAAUCAAGAUGGACAUUUUUCUACCUAGGUUCAGUAUUCAAAGCCUUUUUGACCUAAAGACAGUUUUUUCUGCCUUGGGAAUUAGAGAUGCAUUUGACCCCAUCACUGCUAAUUUUAAAGGUAUUUCAGAGCAAGGUAGUCUUUAUAUUUCAGAAGCUAUUCACAGAGCAGAGAUUGAAGUAACAGAAGAUGGUACAAAGGCAUCAGGAGCUACAGCAAUGGUGUUACUAAAGAGAUCCCGAACACCAACCUUCAAAGCAGACAGACCAUUCACGUUUUUCCUGAGACAAGCUAACACAGGUUCAGUACUCUUUAUAGGAAGAGUCACAGAUCCUUCAUAA